AUGAGUGGACGAGGAAAAACAGGCGGCAAAGCUCGUUCCAAGGCCAAGUCUCGCUCGUCCCGAGCUGGACUUCAGUUCCCGGUGGGCCGUGUUCACAGGCUGCUGAGAAAGGGUAACUAUGCUGAGCGGGUGGGUGCCGGCGCCCCGGUCUAUCUGGCUGCUGUGCUCGAGUAUCUGACGGCUGAAAUCCUUGAGCUGGCCGGCAACGCGGCCCGGGACAACAAAAAGACCCGCAUCAUCCCCAGGCAUCUGCAGCUGGCCGUCCGCAAUGACGAGGAGCUUAACAAGCUGCUGGGAGGGGUGACCAUCGCUCAGGGCGGGGUGCUGCCGAAUAUCCAGGCCGUAUUGUUGCCCAAGAAAACCGGUGGAACGAGCAAGUGAAGAGACAGAAUCUGACCAGUGACCCAAAGGCUCUUUUCAGAGCCACUCACAGUGUCUGUGAAAGGGCUGUUUUGCGCAUAUGCUGAGUGCCCGGGAGUUUCCCUGUCACUGCGAAAGUUUUUUGAGGAAUUUCUUUUUAAG